UCCUGGGGAGGUUUCCGGCCGGCGCGGCCAAUCGGUGCAACCGAGGAGCGGAGCGGCCUGCAGGAAGCCGUGGGACCUCGGGGGAGCCACUGCCGCCGCGGCGGGCAGGAGGGCAGGAGGUGAAGGGGCGGCCCGGGCCGCUGCUGCAGCUGCAGCCAUGGCUCAGCACCGAGACGGCGGGGACGGGAACCCCUUCGCCGAGGGCAGCGGCGAGCUCGACAACCCCUUUCAGGAUCCCGCCGUGAUCCAGCACCGACCCAGCCCGCAGUAUGCCACACUUGACGUCUACAACCCUUUUGAGACUGGAGAGCCAGCACCAGCCUAUUCGUCUUCUGCUCCUGGCCCAUUGCCUCCACCCUCAGCUCCCACUUUGCAGUCCUCCAGGAAACUCAGCCCCACGGAACCCAAGAAUUAUGGCUCCUAUAGCAGCAGCCAGGCUUCAGCCGCAGCAGCCACGGCUGAAUUGAUAAAGAAACAGGAGGAGCUUAACCGCAAGGCAGAGGAGUUGGACAGGAGGGAGCGGGAGCUGCAGCACGCUGCCCUGGGAGGCACAACCACGCGACAGAAAAACUGGCCCCCACUACCUUCCUUUUGCCCAGUUCAGCCCUGCUUUUUCCAGGACAUAUCCAUGGAGAUCCCUCAAGAAUUUCAGAAGACAGUAUCCACCAUGUACUACCUCUGGAUGUGUAGCACUCUGGCGCUUCUCCUCAACUUCCUAGCCUGCCUGGCCAGCUUCUGCGUGGAGACCAACAACGGCUCAGGCUUUGGGCUUUCCAUCCUCUGGAUCCUCCUUUUCACUCCCUGUUCCUUCGUCUGCUGGUACCGUCCCAUGUAUAAAGCUUUCCGGAGUGACAGUUCAUUCAAUUUCUUCGUUUUCUUCUUCAUUUUCUUUGCCCAAAAUGUUCUCUAUGUCCUCCAGGCCAUUGGCAUCCCAGGUUGGGGGUUCAGUGGCUGGAUCUCUGCUCUGGUGGUGCUAAAGAGCAACACGGCUGUGGCUGUGCUUAUGCUGCUGGUGGCCCUAUUCUUCACUGGCAUCGCUGUGCUGGGAAUUGUGAUGCUUAAGCGGAUCCACUCCUUGUACCGCCGCACAGGUGCCAGCUUUCAGAAGGCCCAGCAAGAGUUUGCAGCUGGCGUCUUCUCCAACCCAGCAGUUCGAACCGCAGCUGCCAAUGCAGCUGCCGGGGCUGCAGAAAAUGCCUUCCGGGGCCCCUGAUUUUCCCUGGGGGUGCCUGGCCCUGCCUCCUGAGGGACCCACCGAGGCCCCUUUCCAGAAGUCUUUGGGACUUGGAGAGGCAUCACUACUUGAUGUCUCCUCUGUAGCGUCCCCAAUCCCAUGACCACGACUGCUGAACCUGACUUAGGGGUCCCCCCCGGGCCCCACUGUGACCCAGUCACUGCCUCCUCCCAAUCAGGCCGUGCUGCUGCCACCUUCUUACACACCCCAGCCCAGCUCACCUCCGCUGUGCCAAUGCUGUCGCUUCGGUUAUUUAAAUAAAAAAAAGUGGAACUGAAAGUGG